UUAACGACUUCCUUCGUGCUUUGUUUCAGAGGCGGAUUACUCCUAUUAGAUCCACCUCCUUUUUUUUAGUGCGGUGUGGUUAUAAUUUCGUUUCUUUAAUUAUCAAAAUCAAUAUUAAUGGCUGCUUCUGCAGAGAUCGAGUAUCGAUGCUUUGUCGGAGGGCUUGCAUGGGCCACCGACAGCCAUUCGCUAGAGCAAGCUUUCUCUCCCUUUGGCGAGAUCCUUGAAUCGAAGAUCAUCAACGAUCGUGAGACAGGGAGGUCCAGGGGUUUCGGAUUCGUGACCUUCAGCAACGAGAAGGCGAUGAGAGACGCUAUCGAUGGCAUGAACGGUCAGAACCUCGACGGCCGCAAUAUCACCGUGAACGAGGCUCAGUCCCGUGGUAGCGGUGGCGGUGGCGGUAACGGUGGUUACAGCCGCAGCGGAGGCGGUGGUGGUUACGGUGGAGGUGGUCGUCGUGAGGGAGGAUACAGCCGCGGCGGUGGUGGCUACGGUGGUGGCGGUGGCUAUGGAGGUGGUGGUGGUUACGGUGGCCGUGACCGUGGAUACGGUGAUGGUGGUGCUCGCUACUCUAGCAGGGCUAGUGGUGCUUCCGAUGGCAAUUGGAGGAACUAGGUUUUUAGUUGUGAGUUGGGGGGGUUAGGCGGGGUGGUGUUUUAGUGGGGAUUUAGUUGGUGGGGUGGACCGAGUGUGUUUGUUUCUAUAUUUGUUUUUCGUUAAAACGUUCCAGUUUCUAAUUUUGACCGAUCGGGUUCCUGUUACUCUGUCACUGCUUUCGCUCGUAAUUUUGAUCCGUGGUUCUAUGUUCCUUGUUUACAUAACAAAAAAACCGUUUGGGAAAUGAAGUGAAGUUGUUCUUA